AUGGAGGUCGAAUUUGAAGGAGGUUAUGCAGUCAGGAAUCGCACAAGAGCAAUACAAGGUCAACAUUCCGGACAUAGUGUUUCUGUUGAAGUGCUUCAUGAAAAUCGUUCAAAGCAGAAAUGUGAUCCACAUUCCACUUCCCAUUCACCUGUGCAUGGUUAUACAAAAUCAGAUAUUAGAAAAAUGGUGUUUAAGACCAAAGAGAAACAGCAGUCAUCACAUGAUGACUCUGAUUUUGAAGACCCUAACCCAUUUAUCAGCCAAAAUAAAAGGAAAUCGCCUCCACUUGUAACAGUCAAAGUUGUGCAACAUCAGGAGAAGAAAGCUAGAGCAGACGUGGCCAGCCCUCAAGCAAUUAAGACAAAAGUUAAAGUCAAGAAACUGGAAAACAGAAAAUCAAAAAAGGGAGUUCUAGUGGGUAUUCCAAUACAACCAAGGCGAAUACAUAUUCGUACGUCACCAAAAAUAUUAUUCUCCACAAUGCACGGUCUGACGAAUGGACAAAAGGAAUAUUUAUCAUCUAUUGGAUUUGGUCCCCUUUUAAAUAUAAAAGUAGAUGGGUCAGCAUCACGAAUUGGGUACUAUGCGGUCAACAACCAUGAUCCUGAACGAAUGGUAUUGACUGUCGAGCGGGGUGAGAUACCAAUUACUAGGCAAUUGAUACAUGACAUGUUGGGUCUCCCUUUGGGAAAUAUCAAUAUCAAUUCAUUAAAGUUCACACCCGCUGAAGACAAAACUGUUGAUUUGUGGUCUGUACAGUUCAAGUCAGAAAAUGAUAUUAGGCCCAAAGGCGUACAAAGGGCGAUUAAGAGAUUAAAAGAUGUUGGGUUAUUGUUUAAAGUCAAUUUUUUGGUGCUCAUUUGUAACACUCUUGGACAAUCCAAGAGCAUAGGCACAUGUGAUGUAUCAAUGCUUGCAAGGGUUUCAGAGGAUUUAGAUUUAAGCGACACAGAUUAG